AUGGGUUAUUCCCAUGAGGACAUGGGUUAUUCCUAUAAGGACAUGGGUUAUUCCUAUAAGGACAUGGGUUAUUCCCAUGAGGACAUGGGUUAUUCCCAUGAGGAUAAGGGUCAUUCCCAUGAGGACAUGGGUUAUUCCCAUAGGGAUAUGGGUCAUUCCCAUGAGGACAUGGGUUAUUCCCAGAAGCAAAUGGGUUAUUCCCAUGAGGACAUGGGUUAUUCCCAUGAGGAUGUGGGUUAUUCCAGGGAGAACAUGGGUCAUUCCCAUGAGGACAUGGGUUAUUCCCAUGAGGACAAGGGUUAUUCCAGGGAGAACAUGGCUUAUUCCCACGAGGACAUGGAUUAUUCCUAUAAGGACAUGGAUGAGCUGGGUAGGGACAGGGCAGGGACAUCCCUGCUGGGUUUGGUGCUACUUUCUCCCAGCCCCUUUAGUGCAGACCCUGUCAAUUCUUGCUGCUUUCUCGCAGGUCUGGAGCUGUCCCACUGCAUCGGGACCAACUCGCUGGGUCCCACUGGGCCUUGGAGGUCAGGGGGGCCCUGCAAGAUGAAGAGAGUCCGCACAGUCUUCAAACCAGAGCAGCUGGAGCGGCUGGAGCAGGAGUUCCUCAAGCAGCAGUACAUGGUGGGCACCGAGAGGGUGGACCUGGCUGCAACUCUGCACCUCACAGAGACCCAGGUGAAAGUGUGGUUCCAGAACCGGAGGAUCAAGUGGAGGAAGCAGAGCAUGGAGCAGAAGGCAGCAAAGCUGUCGCAGUUUGGGGUGAUCCAGCCCGCGAGCGCCGACUCCACGGACAGCAAGGACCACGAGGAGGACCCUGUGGACGUGGAGCUCUGAACAGCCGAGGAGAUUGGGCUGU